AUGAAGCAUAGAGCUGCAACUAAUAGUUUAAAUCAAAAGGAGAAUGAGAAAUGUAUUGGGAAUCAAUAUGCCCUCAAGUAUCGACCACCCUUGCAAUAGGAUUUACUUAUGAACCUAAAGAAUCAGCAAUUGAAGAAUUUGGAUGCAAUUAGUUAAAUACUGCAAUCUAAAUUUUGUAAAGUAGAGAAGAGAGACAAUGUUGAAUACUUUAAAUUUGAUUUUAAAAAACAGAAUAUUUGUGAUAGAGUAAAGUUCUUAAUCAAUCAACCAGAUGAUGAUACAAAUAAAACUGAAUAAUUCAAGGCAUAAUAUAAAGUGGGCAGUCGUAUUGGUUAAGGUGCAUAUGCUACAGUGAGAAUUGCAAUAUAGAUAGAGAGUGAUACAAAAGUGGCAAUAAAAAUAUAUGAAAAAACUAAGAUUAAAGAUUUAUAGAGAAGAAAAGGAGUGAGAAGGGAAAUAGAAAUAUUAGAGAAAUUAGAUCAUCCUAAUAUAGUUAAGAUUCUAGAUACUGUAGAAUCAAAUAAUCAUGUGAAUAUAAUAUUAGAAUAUGUUAGCGGUCAUUCAUUACACCAUUUGGUUAGGAAGUAAUUGGUAAUAUAUUAAUUUAAAUCUUAAGGAAAAAAGAUUAGAAGAAGAAAUUGCAAAAGGAAUAUUCAAAUAAAUUUUAGAUGCAAUUUAAUAUUGUCAUUCCAAGAACAUUGCUCAUAGAGAUAUUAAAUUAGAAAAUAUCUUAUUAGAAGGGCUCAAUCCUAAAUUGAUAGAUUUUGGAUUUUCAACAUCUUUCCCUAUUGAAAAGAAAGUGAAAAUGUUUUGUGGUACUCCAAGUUAUAUGGCACCAGAAAUAGUUACAAGAUAAGAAUAUAGAGGAGACAAAUCAGAUGUAUGGGCAUUAGGAGUAGUGUUAUACACAAUGUUAUAAGGUGUAUUUCCAUUCAAAGGAGAUACUGAUUCAGAAUUAUAUAAUAAAAUCUAAUCAGGUGAAUUUACAAUCCUUCAUGAUAUAUCUAAAGAAGCAAUUGCAUUAUUAUAUGGAAUGUUGACUAUUGAUCCAGAUGAAAGACCUACUGUUGUAGAAUUAUUGAAUUAUCCUUGGUUUAAAAAAUAACAAUAAAAUUAAGAAAAUGAAGAUAUCAAAAAGAAACAUAAAUUACCAGAUGAUUUAUAAGAAGAUCUAAAUACAAUAACUAAAAAUAUGUCUUAUAUUACUCCUACUAGUUAAAUUAAAUAAUAGCUUUAUUUUGAUUUUUCUCAUUUUAAAAACAAUUCUAAAUAAAAUAAUACUAAAGUAAUUAUUUACCUAAUUUAGGCUAUUAUACCAAAACCUACUUAUUUCACUACUACAAAUGCUUAAACAAAACAAAGAGAACCAUAGUUUUUUAAAGUUGAUAAAAUUCUUACAAAAAAUGAACGACACACAACUACACAUUCUAAAGAAAGAUAACCUACACUAUCUAAAGAAAGAUAAUCAUCUUAUAGUUUUGAAUCUAGUAGAGGUUUGUCUUAAAAAAAGAAUCCACAUUAAUUGACUGUUCAUCCUAGUUUCAUUCCUAGUGAAAAGAGCUUUAAUUCUGUCAAGAGUCCAUCAGUAGGUAUGACAGAAAAACGUUCUUUCAAUUUUUUUUAUAAUUGA